AUGGUUCGAGCAAUAAUCAUCGCCGCUUUGGCCACCGCAUCGACGGUCUUUGCUUCAAGUGCCACAACCUGCUCUCUUACUCAGAAAUGCCCUUCGGAUACACCAUGCUGUUCGCAAUAUGGCGAAUGCGGUGUUGGAGCAUACUGCCUGGGAGGCUGUGAUCCUCGAAUGUCUUUUGGACUCGACUCUUGCGUAGCUGCGCCUGUCUGCGAGAGCAAAACAUACAACUUUAAUAACCUGGAUCGAGUCAUGUCGAACACAAAGUACCUCGGGGAUUCGUCAAAGACUGACUGGGUCGCGGAUGGCAAUCCACAAUUAUACAACAAUAACUUGCUGUUGACAAUGGCACCUGAUAGUGUGGGAACUCUGCUUGCAAGUUCUACAUAUAUGUGGUAUGGAAACGUGAAGGCUACGUUUAAGACUAGCAGAGGGCAAGGUGUUGUCACUGCUUUCAUUCUGCUCUCGGAUGUCAAGGACGAAAUCGAUUACGAAUUCGUUGGAGCGGAUUUGGAGACGGCGCAAACCAAUUAUUAUUUCCAAGGCAUUCCGCAAUACACUCACGGCGCAAAUAUCUCGCUUUCGGAUACAUUCAACAACUACCAUACAUACGAAAUUGACUGGACGCCUGACCAGAUUACAUGGAAGGUAGAUUCACAGGAAGGCCGGACUUUGAAGAGGGCCGAUACUUGGAACGCAAGCACGAACCAAUGGAUGUACCCCCAGACUCCUGCUCGUGUUCAGUUGUCCCUCUGGCCUGGUGGUCUGGCAUCGAACGGACAGGGUACAAUCGACUGGGCUGGUGGUCUGGUUGAUUGGAACGCGGCCGAUAUCAAGAACAACGGUUAUUACUAUGCGACAUUCCAGUCCGUUACCGUCGACUGCUUCAACGCCACAUCUGCACCAGGAACUAACGACGAGACUUCUUACACAUACAACAGCCUUGCGGGUACUAAUGAUACCGUAGUUGAUGGCAAGAACUCGACGAUAAUCAAGUCACUCAUUGGAACGGGUACCGAUCCGGAUGCAGGAGCUGCAUCUGGCAGCAGCAGCAGCAGCAGCUCUUCUGCAACUGCCACUGUCGAGACCGUCCCAGGUCGUUCCGGUGGGAACACAGGUUCUGACAACCACGAUGACAGCAGCAGCAGUAGCACUGCUUCAUCCGCAAGCACCGCUACCAUCUCAUCUGAUACAAGCGCUAGCACUUCUACAGGCAGCAGCAACGGUCAAUUUUCCCAAGGCGGCGGCUCGUCAUCUUCGAGUUCAUCGAGCUCUAAGAGCGGUGCUGAUAAGCUUGGUGCUACCCAAGAAAAGGUGCUUAAGGGAAGCGUGUUCGCUGUGAUUAUUGCAGUUGUAGCCAUGAUGGCCCUGUAG